ACAUGAAGAAAGGAAGUGAAAAAGUGGAAAAGAAAAAUUAAGCACGCAAUUUCAGAACGUGGUCAGUAAGCGGUCUCUGUAAAGUAGCCUACUACUCAGUUCUCGGCUGGAUCAAAGGCCAAAGUGCUCGCGCGUGCUGUUAGAACUUCUUAAUCUUCCUGCUCUUCUUCUCUUCCUUCCAUUCCUUCCAAACGCUCCUCAACGCACCGGAGACAAGAGACAAGAUGGCCACUCAAUCAAACGGUGCUCGUGCUCCCCUUCCCGAGGGACAGUUCCUCUUCACCUCCGAGUCUGUCGGAGAGGGCCACCCUGACAAGAUCUGCGACCAGGUUGCCGAUUCGAUCCUGGACGCCUGCCUGCAGCAGGACCCCAACUCCAAGGUGGCAUGCGAGGCUGCCACCAAGACGGGCAUGAUCAUGGUCUACGGCGAAAUCACGACCAAGGCGCAACUCGAUUACCAGAAGAUCAUCCGGAACAAGAUCAAGGAGAUCGGCUACGACUCGUCGGAGAAGGGCUUCGACUACAAGACGUGCAACGUCCUGGUCGCCAUUGAGCAGCAGUCGCCCGACAUCGCUCAGGGUCUUGACCACGGCAGCCUCGAGGACCACGGAGCUGGUGACCAGGGUAUCAUGUUCGGCUAUGCUACCGACGAGACGCCCGAGAUGAUGCCCAUGACGAUCCAGCUCGCCCACAACCUCAACUUUGCCAUGUCGGCCGCUCGCCGUGACGGCUCGCUGCCCUGGCUCCGACCCGACACCAAGACCCAAGUCACGAUCCAGUACAAGAAGGACGGUGGCGCCAUGGUCCCUGUUCGUGUCGACACAGUUGUCAUCUCUGCCCAGCACUCCGACGACAUCUCAACCGAGGACCUCCGACGGGAGAUCAAGGAGAAGAUCAUCAAGAAGGUCAUCCCCGCCAACCUCCUGGACGACAAGACCAUCUACCACAUCCAGCCCUCGGGACGCUUCGUCAUCGGUGGUCCCCAGGGUGAUGCCGGCUGCGUGGGCCGCAAGAUCAUCGUCGACUCGUACGGCGGCUGGGGCGCUCACGGCGGUGGUGCUUUCUCGGGCAAGGACUUCUCCAAGGUGGACCGAUCGGCCGCCUACACGGCUCGUUGGGUCGCCAAGUCCCUCGUUGCCGCCGGCCUCGCCCGCCGAGUCCUGGUGCAGCUGUCGUACGCCAUCGGUGUCGCCGAGCCCCUGUCGGUCUUUGUCGAUGCCUACGGCACAUCGAAGAAGACUGAUUCUGAGCUCGUCGACAUCAUCCGCAAGAACUUCAACCUCCGGCCAGGUGUCAUUGUGCGCGACCUGAACCUGCAGCAGCCCAUCUACGCCAAGACGGCGUACGGCGGCCACUUUGGAAGGAAGGAGUUCUCCUGGGAGCAGCCCAAGAAGCUCCAGGUGUAAGGGAGCUUGUUGUGCACCCUUCAACCAUGAUUUAACUCGAUUCAACAUCGAUGAAAUCACCUCUGCUCUCCCUCU